AUAUUUUUACAAAUAAGCAUCUUUUGGUGUCAAUAAUGAUCUGAAACAUCCCGAAACAAAGGUUGUCGUAAAUGUUUACAUCACGUGACACCAGCAACAUGGCGGCAACCAUGAGAAGGGCCGUCACACAAGUGACUGAUGUUGUUUUUCCCGUUUCCAGAGCUUCAAAAGAUGGCCAGCAACAUCAUAUAUUGAACUCAGGUAAUGAAUAUAUGUCCAACCUCCCACUGCAGAUGUCUCUAUACUUCAAUGUGUUUUAUUAUCCCAUCUGGCUGGUCACUGCUGUUGUCAUGCUGGAGGCCAAGUACUUAGCCUUGGACACCUUGUACCAGAUUAUCCUGAUAGCGGUGCUGGUUGUGAUGACCAUUGUGGAAGCCAUCCGCCUCUACCUGGGAUAUGUAGGAAACUUGACAGAGAAGGUUCCAGAACUUGCUGGCUUCUGGCUGUUGACUUUACUCCUACAACUUCCACUGAUCAUGUUCCUGCUGUUCAAUGAAGCAGCCGUCUUGUUACCUCUGGAGAGGGCCAUGCACAUUGUGAUGUUUGUCUUUAUCUUGUUUGAGGGUGUGUGCGGGUACUUUGCCAUAAGAAUCAUGGUGAACUACCAAGUGACAAAAUUCCACAUGCAGCAGUUCACGGAGUUGGAGGACCUGGGGUAUGAAAAGGAUGACUAGUGCACAAGUUGAUUUCUUUA